AUGGAGACGGAGCCCGUGGUUUUGACCCCAGUCGAAACACAGCCCGCGACGGAGGUCGAGACGGAGCCGGCCGGCUCGACCACGGUCGACACCCUCGAACACACCACCGGUGCUGACAGUGACGACCCGCUAGAUACCAUCACGACCACGGAGCCGACCACGGAGCCAACCGACCGGUCGUCCGCCGUGGGAACUCCCGGGCCUGCGACCCCUUCCGCGGCCGAGGACAGCGCCAGCACGACGGCAACGCCCACCCGAGGAACGAAGCGGCGAGGACGGGGUCGGGGUCGUGGCGGGAGGCAGCGCAAGCGCGCCCGACUGCAAAACCCUGGAUAUCUGGGAUUGCGAUCCGCGAUUCCUGUUUAA